GGGGCAGAGGGGACCUGAUGGCGGCCGGGAGCCUAGGCCGUGGCCUCGGGCGGUUCCUUGGCAGCCUUCGAGGGCGCCUAGGGCAAGCGGCUGGGUGGCCGAGCGGGGCGAACGUUACCAGCAGGCGGUCCUCGGGGAGCUCGGGCGGCGCCCCCGCCUCGGUCGCUGCGCAGCCCGGUUCGUACUCCGCUCUGAGUGCGCAGGCGGCUCGGGAGCCGGACGCCUUCUGGGGACCGCUAGCGCAGGACACGCUGGUAUGGGACACCCCUUACCACACGGUGUGGGACUGCGACUUCAGCAGUGGCAAGAUUGGCUGGUUCCUGGGAGGCCAGCUAAACGUGUCUGUCAAUUGCUUGGAUAAGCAUGUUCAGAAGUCCCCGGAGAGUAUUGCUUUGAUCUGGGAGCAAGAUGAGCCUGGUACUGAAGUGAAGAUUACCUACAGGGAGCUGUUGGAGACCACAUGCCGCCUGGCCAACACACUGAAGAAGCAUGAAGUACGUCGAGGGGACCGGGUGGCCAUUUACAUGCCUGUGUCCCCAAUAGCCGUGGCAGCGAUGCUGGCCUGUGCCAGGAUUGGGGCUGUCCACACAGUUGUCUUUGCUGGCUUCAGUGCAGAGUCCUUGGCUGGGAGGAUCAAUGAUGCCAAGUGCGAGGUAGUCAUCACUGUCAAUCAGGGGCUCCGGGGUGGCCGUGUGCUGGAGUUGAAGAAGAUUGUGGAUGAAGCUGUGAAGCUCUGUCCCACUGUGAGACGAGUCUUGGUGGCCCACAGGACAGACAAGAAGGUCCCCAUGGGGAAUUUGGAUGUCCCCCUGGAGCAGGAAAUGGCCAAGGAGGACCCUGCGUGCACCCCAGAGAGCAUGGGCAGCGAGGACAUGCUUUUCUUGUUGUACACUUCGGGGAGCACCGGAAUGCCCAAAGGACUUGUACACACUCAGGCAGGCUACCUGCUCUAUGCAGCACUCACUCACAAGCUUGUGUUUGACUAUAAGCCAGGUGAUGUCUUUGGCUGUGUGGCUGACAUUGGCUGGAUCACAGGACAUAGCUACGUGGUAUAUGGACCACUUUGCAAUGGAGCCACCACUGUCCUUUUUGAGAGCACCCCGGUUUACCCGAAUGCUGGUCGGUACUGGGAGAUGGUGGAGCGCCUACAGAUCAACCAGUUCUACUGUGCCCCAACAGCCGUGCGGCUGCUGUUGAAGUAUGGUGACGCCUGGGUGAAAAAGUAUGACCGAUCCUCUUUGCGGACCCUGGGCUCAGUGGGAGAGCCGAUCAACCAUGAGGCCUGGGAGUGGCUGCACAAGGUCGUGGGGGACAACAGAUGCACACUGGUUGACACCUGGUGGCAGACAGAGACAGGCGGCAUCUGCAUCUCUCCACGGCCCUCAGAGGAGGGCGCUGAGAUCAUCCCCAGCAUGGCCAUGAGACCUUUCUUUGGCAUUAUCCCAGUUGUUAUGGACGAGAAGGGGAGCACAAUGGAGGGCAACGAUGUCUCUGGGGUGCUAUGCUUCCCGCAGGCGUGGCCAGGCAUGGCUAGAACCAUCUACGGGAGCCACUCUAGAUUCAUGACUACCUACUUUACAGACUACCCUGGGCACUACUGCACUGGGGAUGGUGUGCACCGCACCAAGGAGGGCUACUACCAGAUCACAGGGCGGAUAGAUGACGUCAUCAACAUCAGCGGACACCGCGUGGGGACUGCAGAGAUUGAGGAUGCAAUAGCCGACCACCCCUCAGUGCCAGAAACUGCUGUCAUCGGCUACCCCCAUGAUAUCAAGGGUGAAGCUGCGUUUGCCUUCAUCGUGUUGAAAACUGGUGCAGAUGACACAGACGUGGUGGCGAGAGAACUCAAGUCGCUAGUGGCCACCAAGAUUGCCAAGUAUGCUGUGCCCGACCAGAUUCUGGUGGUGAAACGCCUGCCCAAAACAAGGUCUGGAAAAGUCAUGAGGCGGCUCCUAAGGAAGAUAGUCACCAACAAAACUCAGGAUCUCGGGGAUAUUACCACCCUGGAGGACCCCAACGUCAUUGAGGAGAUACUGACUACCUACCAGAAGUACAAAGACAGGUCACCCAACUCUUAGUCAGGAGGACAUGCCUCAACCUGAAAGUCUUUGACUACAACUAAGUGACCAAGUCCCUUAUGUUCCCAGAAUGUAGUUCUGAGAUUGUCUCCCCUCUGCCCCCCCAACCCCCGCUAGAUGUCUCAGAAGAUGCCCUUUCUCAGCCUAUAAUCCCCAUUGUUGCGAAUGUGAAGUAAACUCAGAUAAAAUCCCAUUCUUUCUACUCGAAAACUCACAGAUGUAACCCAUAUGAGGCACAGUCAGAUGUGAGCCAGACUUGUUGCGUUGUCCUGAAUUUGGCUUUCAGGAGUAAAAAAUCAUUUUCUUCCCACUUCCUAUUGCAACUACACAGGAAGGUGUGAAACUUGGUAAAAUAUGCCAGCUCAGAGAAUUUAGAACUAGAAGCAAUAAGGUUUUCCCAGAUGUUUCUAGGUACAAAAGUCAGAAAAUUUAUUUUUCUACAUUUAUAUUUUGGGAAAGUAAAGUACAUGCUCUCUGUAACAAUUACAAUUUAUAAAAUCUUCUCCUUUGCCUGGUAGGGAAUUGUUCUGAGAAUUGGAGCACUUUUAAUUACCCUUUUGUAAAUUUGGAAAUCUGACUUAGAAAUAUUUGUACUUCUAAACACAGCUGUCUUGAGAAGGUCAGAUAUGUAGUAUGCUGACCUGGUGUAUUGUUCUCUUGUGACUGGUUUAUUAUAAUGAAAACUCCUAGAAGCUGGAGUAUGAACUACCCUCGUAACAUGUUUUUGGCGCCAAGCUUUGCUCUAGAAAGCUUUUGCUUUUUGCCUCCAGUAUAUACAUGAGCUUUUUAAGGGAGGCCUGCAAGAAGUCAGGCGAUUGUUUACAGCACUUAUUGGUGAAUCUGAGCCCUGGGAAAAUGCUGCCCAUUUCAUUCCGGGGCUGGGUGUUCGUAGCAAUUUGUUCCCUAUCCAGUGACUUGGAGCACCGAACCAAGGAUUUUUUGCUUCUUAAAUCAAUGUGCCUUACAUCUGUUGAACAUUAGCAAGAUGAUAUAAAUCAUUUAGCCACAAUAUGCUUAUUCACUAGGUAAGUGUGCAUGGAGGAGAGUGUGGAGCAGGGUGAGGUUAUAUGGAGAACAUCGAUCAGCAGUCAUUUAUCACACCCCUAUGCAACUAAGGGCACACACAAGACCUGUAUUGUCUUAUCAUGAUGCAGUUGAUGAAAUUGCUAAUAUAAAGCCAUCGAGGAAUGAAGGGCCCCACAGACGGAUUUUUACAGGAGUCCAAUAAAGCUUUGUUUCAUUCA